AUGCAUCAGAAAUUCGAACAAACAGCGUUCCGGGGAGAGAGAAACAGUGAAAAGCUCACUCUCUCUUUGUCGUCGAAACAAAAAUCAAACGCUGAUGUUUAUCCUAAAACCCUGCUCGCUUCUGUCUCCUUAUCAACUCCCACGCAUUUCACGCUGCAAAUCAUCUCUCCGAUCAAACCAAUACCCUCCUCCAUCUCAACCCCAUUCAGUUCUUCCAAUUCUAUCCUGUACUCAACAACCCAAGAAGACACGCCUCGUCACUACCAGAGCAAGUGCAACCGGUGACGGCGAUGGCUACGAAGACGAAGACGUGGAUGAGUUUUCGCCCGAGGGUGGGUUUCGGAUAAGGGGAGACGAAGAGGAGAAGGGCUAUGAUCGAGGGCCUGAGUUUGCUGAAAUCCUUGGGAGUGUUCUUGACGACCCUCCAAAUAACCGGUCCAAACCCAAGACACCCCUUUUCAAUACCAGAGCAAGAGUGAAAACCCAGAAUUCGGAAACCCAAAUUGAACAAGACAGUUUAAGUGAUGAUGUCGACGGUGAUGUCUUUGAAGACGAAGAAGUGGAUGAGUUUUCGCCUGAGGGUCGAUUCCGGCUAAGAGGAGAAGAAGAGAAGGAUUAUGAUAGAGACCCUGAGUUUGCUGAAAUCCUUGGGAGUGUUCUUGACGACCCUCAGAAAGCCCAGUCCAAAAUGGCAGAGAGAUUUAAGAAGAAGAGGAACAAAAUUUUGCACACGAAAACCGGUUCAACGGCCCCCAUGGAAGUGCGUUUCAACAAAUUUGACUUCUCAAACUCAUACAUAUGGUUUGAAUUCUACAAUGCUCCACUUGAGAAAGACGUUUCCUUAAUCCGUGAUACGAUUCGUGCAUGGCACAUUGUUGGACGUCUUGGCGGAUGUAAUUCCAUGAAUAUGCAGUUGUCACAAUCUCCUUUGAAUGAGAAAAGACCGAGUUAUGAUGCUAUUGAGGGAGCAAAUCUUGACCCAACUACAUUUCAUAACAUAGGGGAUCUUGAGAUUCAAGACAACUUAGCACGUGUAUGGGUGGAUAUUGGAACCAACGACUCAUUAAUAUUGGAUAUUUUGGUGAACGCAUUGACACAGAUAAGCUCUGACCAUGUUGGAAUUAAGCAAGUGGUCUUCGGUGGGAAAGAAUUCGAAAACUGGAGUCAAGACUUGAUGUCAGAGGAUGUAGGUUACAGUGUGCACAAGAUUUAGGCGAUUGGUAUCAGCACCGUGCUUCUGCUGUUUCCUACCUUUGUUAUGUAUUUUGUUAGCAUUAAGUAACCACAGGUAGGUGCAGAGCUUAAAGAUUGAUCCAAAAUGUAUGCAAUUUUGUUAUUAGGCCUGUGAUGAUUUGUUACUUCGAACUAGGAAUUCAAAAGAAAACUUUUACUCUUUUCGGCGAA